AUGACCAAGCGAAGGAAGCUCAACUCCAUUACAGAGAAAAAGGCCACCCACGACACGGACCUGCCUUGUUCCGAAACGAUACCGUUGCGGAGGAAAUUGCCCACUCAAAGGAAUGAGCAAAAUCAGUUUACAGCUGCCGCCAAAGAAGGGAACAGUACCCCAAGCGUAAGCGAUAUUGUCCUCGACGAUCCACUAUUUGAAAACUUCAAUGACGAGGAUUUUAUUCCACAAACACUCGAUCUAGUCCCCGAAGAACUCGAUGAGUUUGACAGUGAAAGAGAAAACCCCGAAGAUGAACCCGAAGAUAAAAAAACACACCACGGCUAUGAAUCUCCUACUCUUUUAGGUGUGGUAAAAAACCCCAGUGAAGCAGAGAGAAUCAAGACUUGUGACGACAGAAUGCAAAAGGCUGUUGAAUUCCUGACUGGGAAAGCUAGACAAUCAAAAGAGGAGGGUACAUCGUCUACGGAGAGUGGAUGGAUAAAUUUGGCCUUCAUCAUUCCCAUGAGUCGCUCAUCACCUCUCACGAUCUUCAAGAUUUUCCAGCAAAUCAUUCCGAGCUCUACCCGAGCAGCUUUACGUUACGAUCGAAUUACCACUGAUCACUUGCUGUCCCUUCCCGAGGUCGACAAAUCAUGCCAGGAUUGCGUCGGUGUGUACCUCAACUGCGCAAGAAGGCUCGAGCCUCAACAGCCAGAUGCAACGGACACUGUCGUCGUCAAUGAUACAAAUGGUCCCGAGUCCCAAGUUGUUGACUCUGUGUAUGCUGGUUCAAGCACACAUGAUCUUGAGAAUCGUGUCCGUCACCAAGAGAAAGAGAUCAAAUACAAGAACAGCGGUAAAAGACCAUAUCGCCAACAAGUCAUACAGGAAGAUAGCCUCCAACCAAACUUUCGCGUGGUGGCUGUCUUUCCAACGCAGAUCCCAGAAAUUGGAGUGUUGGGCGCAGAUGAUGGCUGGCUCAUUCGCCUUUUGGAGACGGUGAUAGUCAUGUUCUUGGACGCUUAUCUUCCUCCUGAUCCCAACUCCUUUCGUAUCCGAUAUGGCGUGGGACCUGAAGAAUAUUUCAAAGCCCUUGAUCAAUGUGGUAUUCCGCGAACCCAUCUGCGUCCUUUGAAUAAGGCUUUACCAACCAAACAAGCAGUCAGAGACCGACCCCGGAGACGUGGGUACCAGUUCGAGGCUCCGAGGGGAAAACGACAGGCAAUUACUGGUGUGCUGCAUGCUCCAAGGAACUUCGGAGAGCAGAGGACCGACUUGCGCGAGUUUUGGGGUGUUAUCGAUGUCACAAAUGUGGUACGACGGAUUCUCCUCUGUGGCCUGCCCCCCGGACCUGUCAGCAAUGCUAUGAUGAUGAAACAGUGGACGACGAUUUGA